AUGGGGUGGCGGCUGCUGUUUGCACGCAACUUCCUUGGAUUUGGAGACAAACGCGCAGAUAGUUCCAGCGCGGAGCUGGGCUGGUUUUCUUGCGUUUUCUUGCUAAUUACAAAGCUUUGCGUUCACUGGCGCCCCGGCCCGCUUGGCUUCCUUACUCUCGCUCGCCCCCGCCCCGCUCCGCGGCCCGCGCACCGGAACCCGGCUCCUCCGAAGCCCCCUCCGGGCCCCGCCGCCCCCCUCGGGCCUCCCGCCUCCCGCCCCCUCCCACUCGCCCCCACCCAGCGGCCGCUCCUCCGGGCGUCGCGGCUCCAAAACAACAGCGCGCCGCCGCCAGCUCCGCGCUCCGCCGCUGCCCCGGGCCGCCGGGCGGGACUUGGAACCGCCGCCCUCGGUCCCUCGGAGCCGCUGGGGCAGCGCGCCCAGGACGAGGUGGGGGGGAGAAUGCGUGGGGGGACGGAGGCGCCCGAUCUCCUGGCGGGUCCCGGCCGGCGCCCCGGGGUGCCCCCCGCACCACGCCGCCCCGGGGGCGGGCCCGUACGGGGCGGCGCGAGCGCCGGAGCUGGUCUCCCCGCGGGAACCGGGGGCCUCUGGGGAUACUCCCUUCGCUUCUCGGGUCCCAGGUGCCUCGCGGCGGGAGGGGCGGCCGAACAGGUGGAGCGCGCGGCAGGGGCGGACCGGGCGCCGCUUCUGCCCCCGCAGCCCUCAGACCCCGGGGCGCUGGCGGCGGCCGAGGGGCCGGGUCUGCGCGCGGGCCGAGGGGCCUGGCGGGGCCGUGGGGAGUGCCGAUUCCCCACUCGAGGGCGGCUGGGAUGCCGGAAUGAAUGUGAAGCCCACGGAGGGCUGCUCUGGCCGGCCGCUGACCUCGCGCCCUUCCCGGGUUCCGGGGUUCUAAGCAGCAGGGAGAUUUGGGGCUGCCACAGGCUCAGCCGGGGCCCCGGGCGGGGGUCGUGGUCGUGCUCGCGAUGUGGGGUCUUCCUGCUUGCCCCGAGAGAGGCUCCCGGCCGUGCCCCACCUCCCCUUUGUUGUGCGAUGAGACCGGUAGCUCCACCACCGAGACCUGCACACGGAACGCUGCGGCUUUCCGAUGGAAGAGCUGAAACGAAAGCGGCCAAAGAGCUCACCCGGAGACCCCGGGGUCCCAGCAGAGGCGCCCGGAUGGGGAGGGGGCGCAGGGCCAACGCCACCCUGAGGAGAGGCCCGACCGAGCCCGACUUGGCAGGCGCCGGUGCCGGCGGUGCGCUGGGCCUUCCGCCUUCGCUGGUCCGCGGUCCUCGCCCGCUGCCCUGCCGGGACUCGAACCUGGACGCAGCUCCCGGGCUCGGGGUGCCCUGCCGCGCCCGGUUCGCCGCCCUGGACGGAGGAGGGCUUCUGCCCAGGCUCUGGAGCUCACCGACUGCGGCCUCUGCUCUUCCCGGCCCCAGAGUCAGAGCCUCCCGGAACCAGCACCGUCCUCCUUUCCCAUCCUGGAGUGGGCUGCUGGGAGGGGCAGGAACGCGUCCCGACCGUGGCUUCCUAGGAUUGUGAAAGCAUCCAGCUGAUUUCCAACAAACCCCAGAUGUGCGGCUGCGGGGACCACCGCUUUCCUGGGCCGUUGGGCAUCCCACGGAGGCCACGCGGGGCUGGCUGCGGGCACCGAGGCAGUAGCCACCAUAUGGCCCCUGCCGAGCUGGCCGCCGCCUCGCCGGCGUGGGAUUCCUCGGCUGGGUUUUGCACCCUGCGCGCUCUGGGGCCCCGUCGGGGGCCACAAGCUCUGUGCGCAGACAUGCGUCCUUUCUCUUAAGGAGUUCAGGCUCAGCCUGAACUCCUUGACCUCUCCCCGACUGAGCCGGAGACAGACCGGGCUCCCGAACGCGGCUCACACCGGCGCCGCGAGAAUGUGCAGAAAAGCCCCCAACGAUCCCAUCCCGGGACACGCAUGGUGGCCGGGACCCGGCAGCCGCCGCGCCGCGGGGCUCCUGCAGUGCGUGCGGGCUCCCGCCGCCGGGGGCAAUAAACGGAAUCGGUUUCCCACGCUUUUCCUCCGGGUCACAGAAGCUUUAAAAAUGCGCCCACAAAUCCCCGUGUGCCGUUUGCGCCGCGUGUGCUCCCGAGCCGCACGCUCACCCCGUGCAGCUGAGGCGCCGGCAUCCCGGCCGCCCCGCACACCGGGACAACUGCGCCUCCCGGGGCGCCCCGGCCCUGCGGCGUCCGCGGAGCUGCGCGUGGCCAAGGAAGCACUGUGGCCGCCCCGGAACGCGGCCCGUGUAGACCGGCCGCCUCCUCCGGCUCCGGGCUCGGGCCGCGCGUGCACACAGGGCCCUGGCAGCAACGAAAACGGUGAGCCGCGUCGCUUCCCGGGCCCAGCGGCAGAGUCCCGGGAGCCCCUGGGUUGGAGCCCGCCUUUCGCAUUCCCAAACGGCCCAGAGCUCCCCAGUCGGCGCCAGCCUACGCCCGAAUCCACAUCUCCUUGAGAACCGCCCCCUGUCCGUCCUCUAGGCGGCCGAGGCCCCGGCCCCACCUCCUCUCCUAGUUUGGAAACCGAAUUUUGCCUUUGGUCCGGGAGGACCUGUUCCCGGCAGACGUAACCCGGGAGGAGGAGCAGCGGAGAUGGCUUUUCCAUCCUCAGUUUCCCCAUCUGUGAAAUGGGGCCACCCCCGCCCCGCUCCUCUGGUUUGUUGUGGGGUUGGCUGGAGAGAACCCGCGGAUGGACCGCAGGCGGCGGGCGGACCGCAGGCGCCGGCGUCGCUGACCCUCCUCGGGCGUCCCGGGGGCUCAGGGGCGGCGCGCGAGAAGGCGGCCCGGGGGGGCUCUCGGGCCAUCUCUGCCCACCCCUGACCCCGCCCCUUCCACCCUCCGGGAACUCUUCUCUCCAGGGCUGGGCUUGGCCAGCCCGGGACCCACGGUUUCCUUUACGGACCGGGAGUACCGCGAGGUUUAACGCACUGGGCUCCAACUCUCCGGUGACACCACCCUGCACCCAAAACGCUCUCCG